CCGUGGGACAUCAUUAUAGAAGGUGGCAGUGGCAGCGUGUUUCCGGCUCCUGCCAUCACUUCCGGCACAUCGAGUCCGCAAAAGCAUAGACUUUGAUAUUCGUUUUCCGUUACUCAAGGGGAGCCGUCACUCAUGUGUGUAUUUGGAGGCCGCCUAUUUACGCUUUUCAACAUGUUCACACGUGGCAAAGAGGAAGUGACGAAAUUCAUAAAAAUGAUUACACUAAUGAACUUUUGGUUUGACCUUACGGUAUCGCCUUAAAGAAUACUGGCUGAACUGACUGCAGAAGCGCUUACAAAACCUUUAAAUUGCAGGUAAUGCCCUACAUAAUAAGCACACCUGCACCUGGCGGGCUUGUGCUUGAGGGGCCUAUUGCCACCAUGAUGGAGAUCAUUUCAAGAGCGUCGAAAAAGAAGCUUUUGGUCGUUAACCAGAAUGAAACCAUUUGGGGAUUUAAACUCAACGGAAGUUACACCGGUUACCUAGGACUCAUUGCCCGAGGUGACAGCGACGUGUUUGUGGGGCCAGUGAUGCCUACCGUAGAGAGAAUGGAAAUGGGAGAAAUUACGCCAUCUUACGUCUUCACCGAAAUGCACUUCAUGACCCCGAAACCUUCGAAAUAUGUCGAUGCCUUUGCGUUUGCGUCGUCUUUCAGCGUAGAGGUGUGGUUCGGCCUGUUCAUUUCUAUGCUGAUUAUUUCUGCAACGUUCACUCUCGACAAGUGUGUUCAAGAAAAGAACGCCGAAAGCAUGCUUCGAAAGUUUGGAAGCAGUUUAUGGCUUUGCAGCACGUAUUUCUUCAAUGCAGCAAAACACGAAAGGGUGACAAGCGUUUCGACCAGGAUUCUGCUCGGAUCGUGGAGUCUCUUCCUUUUCGUAUUGGUGACGUUGUUGAGCAGCCGUCUCGUGAGCACCAUGCUUGUGAAGAGCACCGAAGAUCACGUGGACACCCUUGACGACGUGCUCAGGUUUCCGAAGCUCAAGAUCAUUGUGGAAAGAAAGACUGGCUUUGAGGAUUUCGUCAUGAAACCAAAAACUGCUUUCUUCAAAAAGCUUCAACGCCAUGUAGUGCUCGUCCAAGGUUCCAUUGUUCCCGGAGCAGUGCUGGAUGACGUGUUCGACCGCGUCGAAGGUGGAGGUCACGUGGUCCUGCACGAGCGGCACUUCCAGGACGCCACGCUGGCGGCUCGCUACGCCAGGCGUGGCCAUUGCAGUUUCAGGCGAGCACGUCAGAGCCUGUACCUGCAGCCAGUGGGCAUGAUGCUGAGGAAGGGCCUGAAGCCAGACGUCAAGCGCACCAUAAAGACGCACCUGAGGAGAGCAUUUGAGAUGGGCCUCCAGGUUAGGCCAAUGCAACCAUACAUAUUCAACGCGACCAGAUGCUACGCCGAAGAUCCCCAGGAAGCCGCCGCUUACCUACUUGAGGAUAUGCAGGGAGCGUUCUUUUCUCUGGUCUUAGGUCUUGCACUUUCUUUGGGAAUGUUCCUGACGGAGCUGACAGUAAUCUGCACCCAAUCAUUCAAGCUAAUCCGCCGACCUCUCCACUAAACGGAGCAUGUACUCAUCAAGCUCGUAAAUAUCGUUUGUUUGUUGACUGUAGUAUAACUGGGAAAAACCAGAGACGCAAUGAUUUACACGUUUUCUAGAAUUUUCCUCGUUUUCCAGCGAACUGCAAAAACAGACUAAAAGGAUAAACUAAGAUGUAUAUGUCGAUAUUCUACUUGUUUUAAAGAACGUGUUUCCUCUGAUAUUUUACUAAGCACGUGCAUGCAAAGCGAGACACACCAGUAGCCAGCUUUGCUGCUACCUUUGCAGCUGCGCGACGAGACUCGUAAGGGUAACUAUACCACAAAACAUUCCGUUCUCUCAGCUGUGAAAUAUCUGAAAUAAACUGUUGUUAUAGCGUUAUCAGAGCAAGCAGCGACAACGAACAAACCAGCUUAAAGUUUUGCAUCUGCAGUACGCGCACUGCAUGAAAGACUUGUAAUCAAACUUCCAAGUGAAAAAUAAAGCUAUAAAAUUAACUCACACCACGCAUUUAAAUUUGUUUUGAGGAAGUGGCAUAAUCAACUGUGGGAAUGAAACUUCGGUGUGACAUCAUCUCCGCUAAGGUAAAGAAUUGGUCAAAGCAAUUUUAGAAUUAUUGAUCCUACUAUUUUAAUUGUCCUGAUGGCAUUUCUCUUCUUCGCGAUAGUUUGUGCCUUCGGUUUUUGUAGGGUGGCAAUGACUUGCAUGCCAUAUGCUGUUGCAUGUGCUAAUGUACGUGCUGCCUCUGUCCUGUGCACCACAGUUAUCUUGAGAGCUGUAGUGGGACAUAGCGAAGCGUCAUCGCUGUCCCUUGAGUAUGCGGUGAUUCGCUCUGGUGUUGAUGGUGCUAUGCACAUCGCUAUGCGUCCUAUGCUGACACAACAGUCUUUUCGGGCAAGCAGUCGUGGGCAUCCGUGUGAAAAGAGCAAGAUAAGUGAGGCGGCAAAGUGGUUAUUUAAAAGGCACCUUGCACCGGCCAGAAGUUUCUGCGACACUUUCAUUUACAGUCGAACGCCUUUCUAAAGAAUUGCUUGGGGCCUCCAAAAUCAUUCGCUACAUAGGUCUCUUCGUUGUAAAAGCCUCACACCAUAGAGCUCCCAAUAAAACAUCGACAUAGUUAUUCCAUCCUUAUACAGCUCAUCUCAUUGUAAAAUAGUUCGUUGUGGAGGUGCACGAUAGUAUUAUUUGAGCGUCUCCGACACCAGACAAUAAACAUGUGAAGCAAAGGAGAAGACAUUAUAAGCUCAAGAAAUCUAAAUUCCGGAGUUUUAGGCACUGCAGC